AUGGAUAAAGAUGGAAACAUUGUGGCCCAUGAAAUGCUUUUUUCGGAGGACCAUGGUAAGCCAUCUCCAGUCCAUACUCCAACUAUGUACGAACCGACUGGAUCCCAAUACAUGAUGGACCCUCUCUAUGAGGAUUUUGGACAAUAUUUUGCAGUUCCCCCUUAUGUUGCUCCUACUGCUCCCGUGGUUCCUGUCAACCCAAUGUUCGGAAGUUUCGACAUGUCCAUGAACCAAAACUAUCUACAGUAUCCCCAGUUUGGACAAAACUACAUGGCACAGGAAAAUUUGGUAAUGCAGGUGAAGGAGAAGAAAAGUACUGGAAAGUCUUCAGUUAUUAGAAAACCAUCUACUUUCCAUCACAACUCAGUUUGCUCAAAUCCCAGCUGUGGAACUAGACAGACCACACUUUGGAGACGAACCGAUUCUGGAGCCAUUGAGUGCAAUGGCUGCUCUCUCUACUUCCGAAAAAACGGAGUCCAGCGGCCCGCGGAUUUGUGCAAUAAGCAAAUUCUGAAACGAAAUCGCCGUCCACGUGCCAGUCCAGGAGUCCCAGUGAUUCAAGUCAACACUGCCGUCGUUCAUCAGGAGCACAAUCAGACUACAGAACCAAUGCAUGCCGGCCGGCUACUGUAA